AGUACUGUUAAGAGUCAUGGACUUUCGUCAGCAUUUAUCAGAUUCCCUGAAUGAAAUAACUGAAUAUAUACAAGAUGGCGGAAAUCGUGGAGGUGAUUCAGAGAAUACUGUUUUAAGACUGGAGGUUCUUUACGAGGCAGCGUUGAUCAAUGGGGACAUUCCUUUAGAUGCGGUUGACUUAAUCAAUCAAGCUCGUACACACCUGAACGUAAACUUGCAUCAACAAGAGCCUUUUCGUGGGUAUGAAGCACCAGCAGUGAGUGAGGCAGGUCGUCGAGGAAGACCUAAGUUUGCGAUUUCCGAGAAGCAGCUGCUAUUUUUCAGAGAGAACAACUUCACGUAUAAAGACAUGGCUCUAAUGCUUGGGGUUAGCAAGCGAACUAUUGAAAACCGUAUGGCCGAGUACGAGUUGACGAACAAGUCCCUCUACAGUGACAUAGAGGACGAUUUCCUGGAUUCUUUAAUCCAGCGUAUCAUGACAAAUUUCCCUAGAUCGGGUAAGUAAGUUUUCAUAGAAAUUUUGAGGCUGUG